AUGGAAAGUAACAGAGAAGAAUCAAUAAGAUGUAUCGAAAUUGCAUUAAAUAAAUAUAAAGAGGGCAAUUUAGAAGGGUGUAUCAAGUUUUUAAAUAAAUCAAACUCAUUAUAUCCAAACGAAAGAGCAAGGGAAUUAUUAGCAACUUAUAGUUCAUCUACAACUUCAUCUUCCUCUACAACUACACAAAAAGAAACUGAUGGAUCCUCUACAACUACAACCACUACAACCACCUCUUCAAAAACUACUCAAACAACCGAAACAAUAAAUGAACCAGCAAAACCAAAAUAUACAGCAGAACAAGUUGCAGCAAUUAAAAGAAUUAGGGCAUGUAAAAGUUUUUAUGAAGUUUUAGAAAUACCAAAAACUGCAACAGAAAAUGAAAUUAAAAAAGCAUACAGAAAACUUGCAUUACAAAUGCAUCCAGAUAAAAACCAUGCACCAGGAUCGGAUGAUGCCUUUAAAAUUGUAACACAAGCAUUCUCAUGUUUAAGCGAUUCAAACAAAAGACAAACUUAUGAUUUACAUGGUAGCGAAGAUACACCAAUUAAUAGAUCACCAUUUACAAGAGGUGGUGGUGUUUAUUACGACGACGAAUUCUCACCUGAGGAUAUAUUUAAUAUGUUUUUUGGUGUCCAACCAAAUGUUAGAAAUAGAAGAGCAGGUGGAAAUAAUUAUUAUUAUAGCUCAUCGCCAUUUGGAAGUGGUGUUCAAUUUAAUUUUGGAGGUCCACCAAGACGUAGACCAGCAGCACAUCACCAUCAACCACAACAGCAAGAAUCUGGAUAUAGCCUUUUACUCAUUUUAAUUCCAUUAUUAUUAUUCAUUCUUUCAUUAUUUGCAGGUGGUGGCAGCUCAUAUAAUAAUAGUAAUACUUAUAGCUCAUUAUAUCAAUUUACAGAAACUCAAAGCUUUAACAGAGAGCGUGUAAUUGUAGUUCCAAUCGAUUUGGCUCAAGAUUCAAAAAUUGAUAUUCAGUAUUUUGUUAAAUCAGAUUUCGAUAGAGCAGUAAAACACUAUGGUAUAGAUAUGCAAAAGUUCGAAAGUGAUGUUGUAAACAAAUGGGUAGUUUUUAAAGAGCCAUAUUGCAAGAGAAAAGAAGAAUUAGAUGAAAUUAUAAAGAAAAAUCCUUCUGACACAAAUUUACACCAAACCAUUAAAAAAGAAUUAAAAAAAUACGAUUUUGUUUUUAAAUAUUGUGAUCAAUUAAAUAAAAAUAAAGUUUUUAAAUAA